UGAUGAUACAAAUAAUGAUACGAUGAUGAUGUAGAUGGAAAUGCGAUCAACCAUAGUAUAACUUGUCUUUAUUCAUAACAAAAGUAGUACUUUAUCAUUUAAGUUAUUAUUCAUAAUAAUGGAUCUUAACAAUUUCAUCUUUAUAUUAUCUCUAUUGAAGAGUUCUUCUCAAUGAUCAUUUAUUUAUUAUUCACUAUGAAACAUGAAUAUGAUUAAAGCUUAUUCAUCAUAUUAUAAACAUUGGAUACAUCUAAUAGCUUUCUAUAUAUAUAAAGGCAUCAUCAUUAUCAUCAUCAUCACAAGUCAUAUUGUAUAUGAUGAAUGAAACAAUUAGAUUAGAUUAUACAUUAUGAUCUUUAUGUUUACUAAUUAAAAACAAAAAAAAAACAAAAAAAAGAAAAAAUCAUUAUCCAAAUUGUUCAUUCAAUCAAUAAUUCAAUCAAUCAAUAUAAUCACUAAUCAUUAAAUAUCAAUAUCAAUAUACAAUGGAAUAAUCAUAUUAUGAUUUUAAAUGAACUGAAUCAUGAAUAAUUGAUAUAGAUGAAUAAAUCGCUAUACUGAAUUGCCAAAACAAACAAUCAUUAUAAGAAUUGAAUUAUAAUCAUGAAUGAUUCCCCUUAUUGUUCUGAAAAAUGGAAACUAUAUCUACCAAAGACUCAAUAAACUAUAAUGAUAAUCAUAAUCAUAAAUUCAAUAUGAUAUCCAAUUCAAUCCAUUCAAUAGAUACAAUAAGAAACAAUUUAUUAUUACCUACAAGUAUAUCAAAUGAUAGAUCCUCUAUUCCAUCUAUUCUAAAAGAUACUACUUCUCAUCAUAGUAACCUGUUUAUGUCUCAUGAACAUGCAUUAAUUGCUUUAACUGAACGUACAUCCUAUCCAAUAUUACAAGAAAAUGGUCAACGUUGUUAUGGUCCACCACCAAAUUGGUGCGGACCUAAACCAUCAAAAGGUUGUGAAAUAUUCAUCGGGAAAAUACCACGUGAUUGUUAUGAAGAUGAACUUAUACCAAUUUUUGAAUUAAUUGGACAAAUUUAUAUGUUUCGUUUAAUGAUGGAUUUUAAUGGAUUAAAUCGUGGUUAUGGUUUUUGUUUAUAUACAAAUCAUAAUGAUACUAAACGUGCUAUCUAUAAAUUAAAUGGUUAUGAAAUACGUAAAGGUAAACAAUUAGGGAUUUGUUUAAGUAUAGAUAAUUGUCGUUUAUUUAUUGGAGGUAUUCCUAAAAUAAAAACUAAAAAUGAUAUAUUCAUAGAAAUAUCUAAAAUAACAAAUGGUGUUAAAGAUGUUAUUGUAUAUCCAAAUUUAAUAGAUAAAACAAAGAAUAGAGGAUUUGCAUUUAUUGAAUAUAAUAAUCAUAAACAAGCUGCUAUAGCUAGACGUAAAUUAAUUCCAGGACGUAUACAAUUAUGGGGAUAUCAAAUUAUGGUAGAUUGGGCAGAACCAGAACAUCAAGUAGAUGAAAAUAUUAUGUCAAAAGUUCGUAUAUUAUAUGUUAGAAAUUUAAUGUUACAUACAACAGAAAAUUCUAUAAAAGAUUAUUUCAAUCAUGCAAUUCAUUCAAUAAAUGCUGUUGAACGUGUUAAAAAAAUUCGUGAUUAUGCAUUUGUUCAUUUUUAUAAUCGUUUUGAUGCAAUUACAGCAUUAAAACAAUUAAAUGGUACCAUAUUUGAUGGAGCACAAAUUGAAGUGACUUGGGCAAAACCUAUCAAUAAAAAUGAUCAUAUAAAAACUAGUCAUCAUUCUCAAUCCAUUUUAACAAACCAUUCAAAAUAUACUCAUCAUAAUAAGAUCAUAAAUUGUAAUAAUGAUAUCAGUUUACCAGGGUAUACUAAUUUAACUACUCAACAACAAUCCUUAUCAUUGUUCUCAUCAUCAUCAUCAUCAUCAUCAUCAUCAUCAUCAUCAUCAUCAUCAUCAUCGUCAUCGUUAUCAUCAUCAUCAUUACUCGGUUCAUCUAAUACAUUCACUAUACCAUAUUCUAAUCCAUUAAACAAUAAUAUACCUUUACAACAAUUACAUUAUUCUAAUUUAUAUCCUUUUACAUCAAUCAUUAAUCAAUCAAUGAUCUCAUCAAAUUCAUAUCAUUUACAGUCUAAUCCAAGUAUUUCCAAACAAACAACGCUACAUCCACAUCAAGUUCAAUGUAAUCCAUUAGUUAAGUAUACUAUGAAUCAGAAUUCAUUAUUAUUAUCCAAUGAUCCUAGUUCCUUCUCAUCAUCUUCAUUAUUAUUAUCCACAUCAACACCGUCAUCAUCUUUUGUAUCCAUGGUGAAUACAAUGAACACAUCAACGACAAGGAGACAUUCUCAUAAUGAUAUCAAUCAACAUCAUCAUAAUACUUUAGUGAAUAAACCAAUCAAUAAACCAUCAUCAUCAUCAUCAUUAUCAACAUUGAAUCAAAUUUGUUUUAAUGAAUUAUGUCAUUCUCUUUCAACAUUGAAUAUUGAAAAGCGGAAAAUUCAAAAUUAUUCAAAUUAUUUAACAUUGAAUUCAGGCCAUAAACAAUUUAAGCAGGAUCAAUUUAAUAAAACAAUACUGAAUUUACAGAAAGAAAAUAGUUCUUUUGAAACAAGUACUUCAUCAAUACAACCAUUAAUAAGUUCAAAUCAAAACAAUUCCAAUGAUUGUUCAUUCGUUUUAAAUUCUGAAAGUGCUAAUCGAUUACCUAUUGACCAUUCCAGUAUAGACGGUCAACAGAUAACAAAUGCUAAUAAAUUAUUAAUAGAUAUUUGUAUGAAAAAUGGACUUGGUUUACCGAACUUUACUAUCAUAACACAAAGCUGUAUUGAUCAAAUCUAUGGAAAGAGAAUGAAUGUAUACAUUGGACAAGUCUUUUUACCAAUAAUCAAUCGUCAAUUCACUUCAAAGUAUCCAUCAAUCACUAUAGAGAAAUCAUUACAAUCAGUUAGUGAAUUAGCAAUUAAUUGGUUAAUAAAUUAUUAUUUCAUCAAUAAUCAAUAUAAUACUAUUAAUAGUAAUGAUAAUAGUGAUAGUUUAUCUAAUCCUAUAUCUAAUAAUGAUCAAUAUCAAAACAUGUUUAUCAAUUCAUCUCAUUAUGAUUGGAUCAUGAGUAGUAUGAAUGAUAACCAUAGUAACAGUAAUAAUAAUAAUAAUAAUAAUAAUAAUAAUAAUAAUAAUAAUAAUAAUAAUAAUAAUAAUAAUAAUAAUAGUAUUCAUUCAACUACAUCUUUGAAUUACAUUCAUUCUAAUACAUUCAUUACAUCUUCUUCAUAUGAUCAUUCAUAUUUAUCUUAUUCCUUACCAAUCUCUAUAAAUCAAUUAACAAAUAAUAAUUAUGAUAGUGAUUCAUUGAUAAACCAUAUAAAUGAUUCAAUUCCAUUCAUAUCACCAUUAACCAUUUGUACAGAUCUAAAUCACAAUAAUCAUCAUCAUCAUCAUCAUCAUUAUCAUCAUGGUGAUUCUAAUGAACCAUUUAAAUCUUCUCAUUAUUUUGAUCCAGAUCAUUCAGAUUUAAUAUUGAAUAUAGAUAGUAAUAAUAAUAGUUAUGAAUCUAAAAUAGAUUUAUACUUAAACAAAACAAUCCAUAACACUGAAUUUGUUUCAUCAAAUCACCUAACAUCCUAUCAAAACAUUCAUAAUAUUCAAGAAUCUAUACAAAACAAUGUGAAUUCAAUGAAUGAUAAAUGGUUAAAUGAUUACACUAAUGAUGAUAUUGAUAGUAAUUCAAUUUUCAAUAAAAUUAAAACAGAAUAUAAUACAUUGAAUGAUUCAAUGAAUCAAUUAUGUAAUCCUAAUGAUAUAAAUGAAACAAUAUUUCUACCAAUGACAUCAUCAUCAUCAUCAUAUGAUCAUAAUAAUUAUGUAACCAUAUCUAUGGAAACUAAUCACAUGAUUAAUCAUGAUACUACUCAUACUUAUACUAAUACUAAUACUACUUUGACUACUAUGACUACUAUGAUUACUACUACUACUACUACUACUACUACUACUACUACUACUACUACUACUACUACUACUACUACUACUACUACUACUAUGACCACUACUAAUACUACUACUUCAACUAUAGAUAGUAAUAUGAUGAAUAAUAAUCAUAAUUAUGAUUAUUCAUUACAUAAUAAUAUCUAUUCUUUAUUAAAUAUAGAAUCGAUUUUAAAUGAUAAAGAUGAAUUAACAAAUGUUUCAAUAUUCAAUAAUGAAAUAAGUUCAUCUAUUCAUUCAAUAAAUAAUAUAGAAUAUAAUAAUGAGAAGUUAUAUAACUAUAUGAAUGAUAAUAAUCAAACAUUGAAUUAUAUCAUUACCCUUAGUGAUUAUGAUAAAAAUACAAAAAAUUUAUUACAUAAUACAUUUGAUAUAAUAAUGAAACAUAUUUCAUCAAAUUGUAUCAAUCAUACAAUUGAUAAUCAAAUAUCUUGUUUAAAUAAUUCAUUAAAUUGUUUUGAAAUGAUACAUAAUGAGUUUCAUCGUUCAAAAUUAUCCUCCUCCUUCUCCUCCUCCUCCUCCUCAUCAUCAUCAUCAUCAUCAUCAUCGUUUUCAGUUUGUUCUUCUUCUUCUUCUUCUUCCUCUUCCUGCUCUUCCUCCUCCUCCUCCUUCUCCUCCUCCUUCUCCUCCUCCUCCUCCUCAUCAUCAGCAUCAUCGGCAUCUUCCAUAACAUCAUUAAUAAAACAAAAAAUACCUGUAACUUAUCCAGAAUUUAUUCAUUCUAUUUUACAUUGAAUCAAAAUCAAUUAAAUCAAGUGAUCCAUAUCCUUAUUUUCUUCUUGGGAUAUCAAUAUCAAAAUGGCAUAGUAACUAGUAGGGUUAGGGUUAGAGUUACGGUUACUAAUCCAUAUCGAAUCAAACAAAAACACACACACACAAAAACAAAACCGUUUUUUUCC